GUCCUACACGACAAAGCUAAUGAGCCAACUGCUGCAGUGCACAGUGCACACUCUUCCUGUUUGUCAGAAAGAUUAGUAGUGCGGCUCUCGUUGGUCAACGCUGCACUUCAACUAUGCCGACAAUAAGGUGAUUAACGUUUAAAAAAAUGAUGGGUACUCCCAACCAUUUAUGUUAGGAGCAGUUAAUUGGGACGAUAGGUCUAAAUUAAGACUCAUAUAGUAGUGUUGCAAAUAGGCUAUAUAAGCUAAGCUACAUGAUAACAUUACCCAGACCAGAGCAGUCUCUCAGUGCUGAGCUGAUUAACUUACAGCAGAGGAAUAGCUGGCUUUCCUCAGGCUGAAACAAACCGUUUUUACCAAAGAUGUCGUGGUUCAAUCAUGUCAGUCAAGGCUUAAAUCAUCAUCAGCAGCAGCAGCAGCAGCAGCAGCCCACAGACAGCCACAGACUCACGGCCACUGACAUGCUGUCUAGCACUCACAACUCCAGGCUCAGAGGUCCGACAGAGGGAUCACCGACCAUGGCCACACAACACUGGAUCGGCUACUCCACUACCAGCUCGGAGGACUUUCCAUCAGCUUCACAUGGUGUAGUCAGCCCUCCCAGCCUUGGGAACCUGUCCUGCGCUUCUCCGAGUGCAGCUAAGAUGAGAGAGCUGGAGCCCAUCUCCUACGUAAGCCUCCAGGAGCAGCGGUGUGUCCUGAGCUGGUUCCAGGGCUGGAACGCCUCUCAGAGGGAGCGAUUCUUGCAGGACCUUCUGGGGAAAGCUGUACCUGGAAAAGUGUGCACCCUCCUAGAUUCACUCAGUACUCUUCAGGUUAAAGACAGACUACCAAACAUCUUUGAAUGCCAGCUGCGCCUGUGGACCCAGUGGUUUGAGUCUUGGAGAGAAGAGGAGAGGAAUCAUUUCCUGCACAUACUGGAAGAACGGGAUCCAGUUUUCGUUGCCCAUUUUUACAGGAGUGUAGCCGGUACAGCAGGAAGAGACUAAGCAAUGUUUGCAUUGUGAUGAAAAAGCAAGUGAUUAAAACAUGGUGUUAAAGAGGUAAUGUGUGGUGGGAAAUGUGUAUUAGAUCUGAGAUAGUUCUCUUCAGAGAAAUGUUUGCGUCACUGUGAUGGUAUUUAUUGUUGAAAGUAAACCAUUUCAUUGUAAGACCACAAGUGUUCAUUCAGUAUAAGAUGUUUUUAUUAAGUUUUCUACACCGGUUUCUCCAGGGCUACAUCACACAUUAUACCACUUUUAUUUUUAUUUUUUAAAGAAAUUUCAGAACUUUUUGUGUAAUGCUUUCAUCAUGGGUGAAGCUCUGCCAUCUAGUGACCCAAUGGUGUGAUUAAACUUACAUGGUACAUUUUUCAGAACUGGGCCUAGUGAUUGAAACACCUGGGCAAGAGGACCAAUUCUUUUUAAAACAUAGACAAAUAAACAAAAUGCAUCACUGUAUAUUUGUUGUUUAAUUGUCUGAAACAUUUAGCAGCAGUAUGUGUGAGAACUACUCUGUUGUCACAGGGAUUGUUUUAUUUCCAUACUAAGGUUACCAUAAAUGAGAGACAUGGCUAAGAUUUUACAUUGGACAAAACAUAAUUUGCCCUGUUCUCUAGUUUAGCCAGUCAACUAAACCAGGAGAGAGUAACUCUAUUGGUGUCAGGCCUUCAAGAUCUUCAACACAGAAAUUGACAAAUGGAUAGAUCUUGUCUGUAAAUCUUUGACCUACAAAUGAGUACAUAUGAGAUCUGACACCAGCGUCGUAAAAUGAGAUCUGUCCCUUUUUGUAGUCCAGAAGAAUUCCCAGUGUAAGAGGUUGCGUCUGAAUUGGAAUAUUAAAAGGUUUCCUAUC